AUGGAUUGGGAUCGCUUUACUCAGGCCGUGAGUGGCGUGGCUUCGUCUGUUUCAAGCACAGUCAAGCAAGUCGGAUCAGUAGUUUCUGAUCAAGUGUACGGCACUGUGGCAUCGAUGUCUGAUUUCGCUGCUCGGUCUCCGCCACCGCCCCCUCCCCCCAGCGACAGUUUCGUUGAUAGAAUGUAUGACACCAUUGCCGCCCACAAAAAGGUGUGCGCUGCAAUGGCUACCGUUGUUACUGGCACUGCGUUAUAUAUGGUGUACAGUGGCAAUACGACAAAGAGAAGACGCCGCAGGUUGGCUUGUCGGGCCCAAGACGGUGGCCGUCAUGAAGUGGUGCUUUUAGCCGGAUCGCCAAGCGAACCCCUGGUGCGCCUGGUGGCCCAGGACUUGAAUGUGCGUGGUUUUAUUGUAUACAUUCUUUGUACGCCUGGAGAAGAUGAUCUGGUGGCCAGAGAAAAGUGUUCAGAUAUUCGCCCCUUGGUAGUUCCAAGUUAUGAUGCCCAAGCCAUUAGCCAGGUUGCCAACCGGUUCGAUGAAAUUUUGAGUGCUCCCGUUGCUUCCUUUUCUGGUGCCACGCCGCAUCGAUUGAAGCUGGCUGCUGUGGUCCUCAUUCCCGAUCUAUUUUAUCCAGUUGGUCCUGUCGAAGCGCUCUCUCCCCAGGUUUGGAACCAGACAUUGAAUACCAAAGUCUUGAUGCCCUUGAAUAUGCUUAGUGGUGGAUUCCUCAACGUUGUUCGUCGUCACCAGGCCCGAAUCAUCUUCAUGAUGCCGUCUAUCAUGAGCUCUUUAGAGCCCGCUUUUCAUGCCGCAGAAUCAUUGUGUGCGGCCGCAGUGGACUCGCUGGCGUUGACACUGUCCCGUGAAUUAGAACCACAGGGUGUGCCGGUAAUCCAUCUCAAGCUUGGCUCUUUCGACACAGGCAAUCGUCGGGUCAGCGAGCGUCAGAUCAUCAAAAAUAUGCGUGCUGAUGUGCUGGCCUGGCCUGAACAGGUCCGCCAUUUGUAUGGCAACGCAUAUACUGGUUCAGCAUACCUGCAAACUAAUCGCACCAGAGGAUCCAGACUGAGAGUGCUGCAUCAUGCUUUGUUCGACGCAAUCACCGCUUCAACCCCGCGGGUGGUUUAUGCCGGCCGUGGUAGCUACGCCUACGAGCUCUUUGCAAGAAUGGUACCCGAGCGGCUUCUAACGUGGAUUUUGGCACCUGGCGAUAACGAUCUAGAAUAA